CGCCUGUUUGUUUCCGCCCGGACAAUUCCACGGACGAACCAAACACCUCAGUCAAAGCAUGAGUAAAAGAUUCUUCAUAACAUUACUUUAUGAGCUGUCUCUGCCUCAGUGACUUCACGUUUUCUUUCACAUCGAGCUCGGCUUUAUGUGUUGUUGUAGUCAGUUGUUUUCAACCCAGUCCGUCUAUUACGUGUUAAAAGCAGAGUUGUACCGGAAGAACUAAAACAAGUGGCAGGCGAACGAGGUGAGAUAACUAAGUCAUGCUCCUGGUGGACCCCGGUCUGUACAUCGGCACUGCGGCCGACCUCAAUGACAGCCAGGCAUUGGCCGACGCAGCUGUCACUCACAUCCUGUCCGUGGACUCUGUGGACCCCGCCCCUCUGGUUCCUGCUGAUGGGGGCUUCCGUAGGAAGUGGGUCAACGUUCUGGAUGAGGUGACCUCUGACCUCCUGAGUCACAUGGACGUCUGCUUCCUGUUCAUUCAGGAGGCUUUGGAUGGAGGCAGCGCUGCACUCGUUCACUGUCAGGCCGGUCGGAGUCGCAGUGCCACAAUCGUUACUGCUUAUCUAAUGAAGAGAUACCAGCUGGGCUUCACUGAGGCUUACCAUAAACUGAAGACUGUCAAACAGGACGUACAGGUCAACCCUGGGUUUGAGGAGCAGUUAUGUCUGUACGAGGCCCUGCAGUGUGAAGUGGACACCUCCAGUCCUCUGUACAAACAGUACAGACUGACCAAGAUCACAGAGAAGUACCCCGAGUUGCAGCACGUCCCCAGGGAGCUGUUUGCCGUCGACCCUGCCCACUCCAGCUCCUCUGAAGUGUCCUAUCGCUGCAGGAAGUGCAGACGAACUCUGUUCCGUAGCUCCAGUAUUCUCAGUCAUCCGGUAGGAGAAGGAGCGCAUGCCUUUGGUUACAAGAAGUCCAGUAACAGCACUGGAGACAUCCAGUGUACUUCUUACUUCAUCGAACCUGUGCAGUGGAUGGAACAGGCUUUACUCGGAGUGAUGGACGGACAGCUGCUCUGUCCUAAGUGCAGCUCUAAGCUGGGCUCAUUCAGCUGGUGUGGUGAUCAGUGUUCGUGUGGUCGCUGGGUCACUCCCGCCUUCCAGCUGCACCGUAACAGACUGGAUGAGAUCCGACAGCUCAACAUACAGAAAUGACAUUUUAUAACUG